GAUAAUGGAGUCAUACAGAGGCUGGUCACAGACAUACAGUAUGCUGUUGGAAUGUACACAGGUGUUUGUCCAGGAAAGAUGGUGGGACUCAGGAACAGCUCCACGUGGGAACCGUUGUUACUCAAGGCAUCUUGCAUUAAGUCUUGUGCCAACGGCUGCUCCCUGGGCAUCACUGCACACCUGACCUACGCCAAUGCUGACCCCGAGUCUGUUGAAGGUGUGUUUGUUUACCCUCUGGGGGAAACAGAGGUGGUGGUGGGCUUUGAGGCUGUGACUGCAGGACGGCUCCUGGGAGUGCAGAUAGAGAGCCGAGGGAAGCUGAAGGACCGCUGUUUGGAUUGCUGCUCUGGAUCCGGUUUUGAAGGCCAGUAUGGGACGGGUCGGAAGUGGGGCUGCUGCUGGAGCUCCAGCCUAGACAUGCAAUGCACCAAUGGGCAUCUCAUCUUGGACGAGGACCAGGACAGAACUACCUUCAUUGUGACGACAGGAGUCAUUGGCCCCAUGGACAUAGUAUCCAUUACUAUACGUACCACGCUAGAACUCUCUACAUUAGAGAAUGGAGCAAUCCAUAUCGUCUAUCCCACAAUGCUAACCCCCAUUGUCAAAUGCCAGAUGACUCCAAGCAAGACUGAAAAUGGGGGGAAAUCAGAAGAAACUGGACCAACCAGCUGUUUUGGUGCCACCUUGGGAAAACAAGAACGGGUCACAGAUUCUGAGCAGCAGUGUGCCCAUGCCAUCUUUACGAGGCCACCUACCAACCUGGCACCUUAUGAACUCAACUUUCAGUUGCUGGUCAGAGGAGCCUGCCUUCUGGCAGGACUGGAGAGUCCAACUCAUGCUCUGCGGGCAGAUGCGGAUCCCCAUGCCCAGAAUGCCUCAGCCACCUACAUCACCUUGGCACAAGAGCAUCCGUUUGACAGACACAUAGAGAUCAUUUUGCAUCUGAGCGAACCUCACAGUCCUUUGGUGAUCUUAGAGAGAGGCCGGCUCUCCUUUUGCCAAUAUGAACAGCAGAUCUGUUCCCGCCGUGAUUUUACUCGCUUCACACGCAAAGAUUCAGAACCAGAGAGAAAGCUUGAGUUUGUGCGGAAGCGGUACCACAAGGACAUUCUGAGCAGCCCCGUCUUGAUGCUCAACUUCUGUCCUGAUCUAAUGUGUGACUCUGUGGAGCUGCACAAAGCCACCAGAGAACUACUCUUCCUUGUUGACUGCAGUGACAGCAUGAGUGGCACCAAUAUGCAGCGCGUAAAGGAAGCCAUGGUGGUGGCACUGAAGAGUCUACCUUCUGGCACCAUGCUCAACAUCGUGGGAUUUGGCAAUACCAUCAAACAUCUGUUCACCUCCAGCAGGCUCUGCACUGAUGUCACUCUGAUGCAGGCGUACAAGUACGUCCAGAGGAUGAGAGCUGACAUGCCAGGCACCAACCUGCUGGGGGCGCUAUCCUGGGUGUACCAACAGCCCAUGCAGCGCUCGUGUCCACGUCAGGUCUUUAUAAUCACAGACGGGACGAUCGGCUAUGUGUCCAGAGUGCUGGAGCUGGUCCGCAGAAACGCGUGCGCUGGCAGAUGCUUUGGGUUGGGCCUCAGUACCCAAUCUUGCAGGAGGCUCCUGCAGGGCGUGGCCAAAUUGACAGGAGGAAAGACAGUGUUUCUGGAUGGUGCGGAAAGACUGCAGCCCAAGUUAAUCAUGUGCUUGAAAAAGGCAUUCGAACCUGUACUGACUGAUGUACGGAUUGACUGGUACCUGCCUGAAAACAUGGAAGCUCUUCUUUCACCCAAUGAAAUUCCUCCUCUCUACCCUGGAAACUGCCUCAUUGGAUACUGCACUCUGUAUGAUCUGACAAAUUUCAAAGCAAAAAAGACAGAGCCUCAAGACCGGGACUAUAAAGGCAUACAUCGCAACUCCACUGGGUCAGUGUUUGGUCCAUCAAAUGAUGAGCUCUCUCCACCUUCUGCCUCAGAGCUCAUGCCUGUAGUUACAUGUGCAGAAGGCAACAACUUGGACGAGGCACUGAGGGAGAUCUCCAGAGAAAUUUCCUCAGAGUUUUCCUGUGCAAAAGACACAGACCCUUGUACCAGCCCAGGUGUAGAGAUGAACUGGUCCAGUGAUGUGAGGAAAAGAAUUGAGGAGAGCUCAUAUAUUCAGGAUCAGUAUAUUCUCACCCGCUGCUCCCUCAGCAGCGAGCAAAGUCUGCAAACACACCCCCAUUUACACAUACACACCUCAUCCAUCUCUGAGUCUGUGGGCAGGUCGUUUCUUUCUGAACCACACUCUGGUUCCCUGAUGGAAACAGGUUCGCUACCCCAAGAUCUUGAGAAAAUGUCCCCUCCAGAACAGCAAACAUCCCUGUCCCGCUGGGCAGAUUCAGUGUGGCAAGAAAACCUCUUCGUUGAAACCCCUAACAAUGGAGCCAAACAGAAUGUGCACGUGGAUGGAAGUGGGGAGUCUUGUAGGAGAGAAAAAGCUUUGGCACGUUCAACCAUGGCAGCACGCAGCUUCUCGUCCCCUCAGGGUGAACUGGAGAUGCACCGCCUCAGGAGAGCUCUGGAGAGGGUGUCCUUUGACCAAACACUGGGAGGAAGGCUGGACGAAAGUGACGGGGAGACAAAACCUCCAUCAAGAGGGAAGUCUUGCAGAAGCCUCACAGACUCCAAUGGACUGUUGUUUCCUGCCUCUCCGUUGGACUGGGACAGCUUCACAGACCCGGAGUACCUCUUCGCUGCUGCUCCUCCAGAGGAUCCCCCACCAGGUCAGUGCCGUUCCCACAUCCAUGGCCUGCUGAGCGGCAGGCCUGUUUCCUGGGAAGUCACUGUAGACCUGGGGCACCUCUGGACCAGUGGGGACCAGGGGACAACAGGAACCGAGUGGUGUGAAGAAGAAAAACCAUGGGUGGAGAUUAUUCACCAACUGACUGCCCGUUCUGUCAUAAGAGACUUUGAGAAAAUGUCAGAGAAAGACAAUGAUAAUGGACAUGGCUCGACUAAACGAUACCGUAUGAAGGCAAUCCAGACCAGUAAGCACUGCAACAUCAUCUGCAUGUACACAACUUUCAUUACGACGGACAGCAACUCCAGAAAAAGCUCAAAAGACAGCAGGAGAGCGCAAAACACAGGUGUGAAUUUUUGCAACAGACGGAGUUUGCAGACAGGCAGCUGCAGACCCAAGACCGUUUCUGUCAGUCAAGUCAAACACACCACUCGAGCCGGUGAAGACAUGGCCGAAACACGGAACUCUGCAGACAGAGAUGACACUCCUGCCUCCCCUUGCAGCCUUGCAUCUUGGGACGCCAGGGGCAGUGCAUAUUCUGCAACAUUCCCUUCAAUUUCGGACUCCACACAUACCCAAUCACAGCGAUCGAUAGAGAGCAAGUCAUUGGAGAGCUUCUUUGGCUCCAGGUUCCCACUGGGCAGACUUAGGUCCUCGAUUUCAUCAGGAAAACAGAUUCCUCUCAAAGCUCACUGUCUGUCUGCAGAGAAUGACAAACAACCUGAGAGGGAGCCUCCAGAUUACCUGCCACUGGUGUGUCUGCAGCUGGCGUCAGGAGCAUUUCUACUAACAGAGGUCUAUUCCGACUGUGUCCAGAUCCCUCUGGACCGCCUGAAGAGGACCUCACCCUACAGCCUCCACCGUCGCAGCCUCAGCCUUCCCUACCGCUGCAUAUCUCCCAGUGCUCCCGCCAUAUCCUCUCUUUCCAAGACUGCGAGUGUUCCCCCCAGCCAUCACGUGACCUUUUCUCCUUCCACCUCUUCCUUCACAAAACCGACUCUGCCUCCUUUCCACCAUGCUCCAGAUGACACCCCUCUGAUGCUGGAACCAAGGCUUCAACGCAGGCAUCUGCUGUCCGAGGGAGACACCGCGACCUUGCCGCCUGACCUUCCAAGCUCAGAGGAGGGAUCUCUGGAGCUUCCCAUUGGGAACUCUCAGAGCCACGGCCAGGCAGACAGCGGCCGCGGCUCGGAGACAGAUAUGUGUGAAGGCUCUCCUGUCGACAUUGUGGCUGCUGACCUUCAGGGCGGCAGCCAGCUGGCUCAGGAGGACUUGGAGGGAUCGAGCUGGGCAACAGCUGUGGCUCUUGCUUGGCUUGAGCAUCGCUGUGCUGGCUACUUUAUGGAGUGGGAGCUGGUGGCAGCAAAAGCGGAUUUCUGGCUGCGCUGUCAGGAGCUGCCAGAAGGAGUGGACCUAGCAGGGCUGAAGGGAGCCGCCAGACAGCUGUUUCUGUUGCUGCGUCACUGGGAUGAGAACAUCAAGCUCAACAUGCUGUGUUACAACCCCAAUAAUAUGUGAGACAAUCACCUCUGAGGAAACUGAGCCAAUUCAAUAAGAGCCUUAGUGACUUAAAACUCGUGACAAUGACUCCAAAGAAGCAAGAGGGUCAACUAACAGCAUAACCCAGUCCCAGAUUAUUUCUACAUCAAUCAUUACUGGUUUAACAAUUUAUAUUCAGGUACCUCAAAUAUUAAUUUGACCUAAAGUGACCUUUUAUAACAAAUAUAAUUUAUGCAAUCACAAGAAUGCCUUUUAACAGGUGGCUCACCUUCGGUUUGUUAUUUUAGCUAACUGUUAAUAAACUAUUUCUAAUAAACUAUUUCUUUUUC